AACAGUCGUCCCCAUAGAGACCGACAGAGAGACAGCCUCCUACAAACAGGGACACCGUUACACUGCUAGUCCUCUCUCUCUCUCUCUCUCUGAGGCGAUUACAGCCUCAAUAUGAAACAGCCGGCGUUUGGACAUUCAUAAUUCCCUCGAAAACAGACUUCCGGAUGGUUGCCAGUCAGAUUUCUUAUUAUUGGAUUAACGACCAUCAGCCAGCAGCCGCAGCUUUAUCCUGAGAGGCCGGAGAUCUGUGUCUCUGUAGCUGGGAGGAGUCCUCUUGUUAUUUCACUGGAGCUGCUAGCUGAAGAACAGGCCAGCAUGUCUGCGAUUUAACAACACAAAGCUGUGCAGAGAAACCCCCCCAAUGCACUCUUAAAGGAUGGAUGUGGAGGUGAGUGCUGGCAGGGACAGCACCUGGAGGAGAGGAGCAGCAGCAGCAGCAGCAUCAGGAGGAGAUGAUGCAGGUGGAGGUGGAGGUGGAGGAGGCAUGGAGGCUCAGGUUGUACCGCUGGAGCUCUACGACUCUGCCAGAGCCAAAAUAGAUGCAAAUCUUCGCUGGCUGUUUGCCAAAGCUUAUGGUAUAGAUCACAUCCCUGCAGACCUGCGGGACCCCUUCUAUACCGACCAGUAUGAGCAGGAACACAUCAAGCCCACCAUCAUCCGCCUGCUGCUGUCUGGCGAGCUCUACUGCCGGGUGUGUGGGCUCAUCCUGCACACUGAGCAGGCCGCCGCCCUCCAAAGCCACCAGUCUGUCAUCUACGCCCUGUCCAGGAAAGGCAUCUACGUCCUGGAGACAGACAACACACCUGUCUCUGAUCUGGACCUCGGCUCCAGUCCCAUCAAGAUGAGCGCCCACGUGCACCUCAUUGACUCCCUGAUGAUGGCCUAUAUAGUGGAGAUGAUCAGCAUAGAGAAGGUGGUGUCCAGUGUCAAGCGUUUUUCCAACUUCAGUGCCUCCAAGGACCUGCCUUUUGACCUGGAGGACGCGAUGGUUUUUUGGAUCAACAAGGUGAACAUAAAGAUGAGGGAGAUCAUAGAAAAAGAGCUGAAAAUGAAGCAACAUUUGCUGGACUCGCCCAGUCACCAGAAGCCUGAUAUAUUGCAUGCUCUGGCCAGCUGGUUGUUGGAGCCUGUGGAGUUUUCUCACAUGGUGCGUUAUCGCAGAGAUCACCUGUCGGGUCGGACACUUCAGCACUUCCCUCUGUUGGACGACCUGUUGAAGGAUGUGAGUGACGGCACGGCUCUGCUGGCUGUGGUCCACUUCUAUUGCCCAGAACUCAUUAGACUGGAAGAUAUCUGUCUGAAGGAGGUCCCCUCCAUAGCAGACAGUGUGUACAACAUCCAGCUACUACAGGAGUUUUCUCAUGAAUACCUGAACAAAUGCUUCUAUCUGAAGCCUGAGGACAUGUUGUAUUCUCCACCAGUACUAAAGAAUAACGUGAUGGUCUUCGUUGCUGAGCUCUUCUGGUGGUUUGAGAGUGUGAAGCCCGACUUUGUACAGCCCCGCGACCUCCAUGAAAUCAGAGAUGUGAGAUUGCUGCUGCAGCCCAAGAGUUCACGAUCCCAUAUUCCCAUCUCCAACGUCACCAAACGUAGUUUCCUGGCAUCAUCAAACUCUGCUGACGUCUUGACCACGUCCCAGAGCCCUGACCUCAGCGCUAAACCAAGCUCCUUAAGCCCAUCUCACUCUUUACUGCCCCUGAGACAGAGACAACAGAAAGUGACCGAGGACAGCACUUCAGAGCUGAGAAAUAGGUCCAACUCUCUGACACGUGAUGGGCAGCAUCAAGGUUCAAUACUGGCGUGGCCAGAGAGGAGGCCGAGGCCUUUAUCCCAGCCGGCGCCCUACGCCCUGCAUUAUCCUCAGGAGGACGACGCAGACAGCAUCAGCCUUGCUCGCUCCAUCAGCAAAGACAGCCUUGCCUCCAAUAUAAUGAGCAUGACUCCCAAACACAUGCUGGGUCCGGUACACAGACUCAGUGGUCAAAGCCUGCUUAGUCACAUGCGCAUCGAGGAUGAGGAGGAGGAAAUAGAGGAGGAGGAGCUGGUUGCUGUGAUCCACCCUUCUGUAUUUUCUCGACGUCGACUUGGGAGUGACAUGGAGCAGGAUGAGCUGGAAAUUCCGAGUGCAGCUUCCACCUCGAGGGUUUCUAUUACUCGCCGCUCUCCCCGUCUUGAUGUGGGUCCCAUUACACCCGACCGCCCGGCAGACAGCUACUAUCUGGAGCCGUUGAUGCCUGCCAUCCCUAAGCCAGCCAAAGAGAAGAGCAUCAGCCUGAACAAGGAGGAGGAGAGUGGGGAGAGUCGCUGUAGAGGGGCAGCAGCUGCUAGGAGAGAAGCCACCAGUGUCCUCCAGAGGAAAGAGUCAAACAGAAGUACCUUCACGCCCAUACCUGUGGCAGAAUCAGUCCCCAGCUCUCUCAGGCCACCCACAGAGGGGUCGGCAGGCAGCUCUCAGUCCGAGAGGAGACGGUCCUCAGGCUUUUUCCUUCAUUUGUCAGGAGAGCCAGACCGCCACAGUCCUUCCUCCGCUACAUUGGAGGUAGGCCAGGACUCUGACUCUGACAUUGCAGACCUCGACGAAGACGAUGAAGACGACGAUCAGAUGGAGCUGACUAAAGAGGUGGUGAAGAGAGGAAAGGGGAAAUACUUAGAGGAGGGAGAGGUGUGUGAAUUUGGAGAGGGAGAGUCAGCCAAACUGAGAGACGACUCGAAGGUUAGCGAGCGGGACGAUAAGGAAGGCGGCAGCGGACGCUCGAGCCCUUGCCUCAGCACCAUAUCGUGGGCGAGCAGCUGCAGCGCUUCAGGAAGCAACAGCGUCAAGAUGACCAGCUUCGCAGAGAGAAAGCUCCUUAAACUUGGCCUCCGUGAUGGAUUCUCAAGCACCAGCAGCUCUCAGAAGACCACACCAGAUGGUUCGGACGUUACCCCCUGCCCCCCCUGGCAACUGAAGAGUGACUGCUCCUCCGGCUGGCUUGGAAAGGAGCCUAUGUCUGUGUUGGGGAAGAAUGUGGCGGUGAGUCCGCCAGUAGUGCCUUCAGAGCUGCUGCAACUUCACAUGCAGCUGGAAGAGCAAAGACGUGCUAUUGAGUAUCAGAAGAAGAAGAUGGAGACCCUUUCGGCGCGGCAGCGACUAAAGCUGGGGAAAGCUGCGUUCUUGAACAUCGUUAAGAAGGGUGGAGGGAAGAGUGACACGCUUCCCCUGCCCCUGAAACACUCCCAGGAAUCCUCAGAGCGAGCUGAGAGGAGUAAAGUGAAGACCAAGUCGUGCAAGGAUGACUCCUGUCUUGAUGCUCUGAAGGUGCAGGCGAAGGCAGGUCAAACAGAGGGAGGACAGAUGAACAGGAACAACAGGUUGAACAUCGUGUCCCCGGAUAACGCGGCUGAACCUGACUUGAAUGAGUGUUCCCACUCCAUAGAUCUUCUCAAUGAUGCUAUUAGUUCCAUUCAGCAGCAGAUGAUGCAGCUGUCUUUGCAGCAAGACCUGCUGAUGAAGCGUGUGGUCUCACCCCCAGAGCAGCCGAUGAAACGUGUGGUCUCACCCCCAGAGCAGCUGAUGAAGCGUGUGGUCUCACCCUCAGAGCUGCUGAUGAAGCAGGUGGUCUCACCUCCAGAACGUGUAGAAUCAAGCCCUAGCAUAACCCCAUACACAACAACACAAUCCUCUACCUCAGACUCCAGAGCUUUUGCAGUUCACUUUGUAGACAUCAGUGGCAGCAACACUGCCCCCGCUCGCCGUCCUCCCAAACUGAGCUCCAGCCAACGCAGAAAAGCCUCAGAGCAAAAACAAAGUAAAGAGAGCAGCAAGACGGCUUCUAUCAAAUCUAAUACUCAGUCCCUGGAGUGCAGAGAAACUCCUGGUAGAUUCCAGGAGAGGAGUACCGUUGACAGCUCCAUGCUAGAGAGAAACAUUCAGAGAAAGGCCACCUUCAGUGUCCGCGAUGACCCAGAGCAACGCAGCAGUGGAGACGGAACUGGGUGCUUUUCUUCUCCCUCACUGGCUGAUGAACAAGAGGAUAGCAACUCAGGGGAAGAGGCUGUGGGUGGAGAUGAGAAUGCAAGGGCCAAGGGUCAACUGAUCGAGGUGGACCUAUCGGAGCUUAGGGAUCCACUGGAGGAUGGAGACGUUACAGACUGCACGGCAGAGGGCGAGCAGAAGAAUGUGCUAGGGUUCUUCUUUAAGGACGAAGAGAAAGCAGAGGAUGAAAUGGCGAAACGUCGCGCCGCCUUCCUCCUCAAGCAGCAACGCAAAGCUGAAGAGGCGAGACUACGCAAACAGAAUCAAGAAGUGGAGAGCGAGCUCAAACGUGAUGAGACCAGGCGUAAGGCAGAAGAGGACCGCAUUCGUAAGGAGGAGGAGAAGGCACGGCGAGAGAUAAUUAAGCAGGAAUACCUGCAGAGGAAGCAGGAUGCGCUGAUGGAAGAGCAAGGUCUGGUCAAGCCUCGCCCACGGAUUAAAUCCCGCAGGAGCAGGCCUAAAUCACUGCACCGCGAGGAGUCCAGCAGCCUCUCCAAAGGAUCCAAGACACGUAAUUCUCUGAAGAAGUCCAUGUUGAUCAAAGCCCAGGGUUCAGCAGCAGGCUGCAGGGGAGCUGAUCUGAGCUGCAGCCAUCGAGGAUCGACGCUCUCUUUGGCGACCGAGGCAGACAGCGUCAUCUCUGGAGGGGCAGAGUCACAGAGGGCUGGAUCUGUGUGCUCUAUGGAGUCGUUCCCCAUGCUGAGCAGGGCGUCCAGCAGGAACAUGGAGAGGGACUGGGAGAACGGCUCUAUAGCCUCCUCCAUCACAUCUACUGAGUACAAUGGUCCUAAGCUCUUCAAGGAGCCGAGCUCCAAGUCCAACAAGCCAAUCAUCAUCAACGCCAUCGCUCACUGCUGUCUGGCUGGAAAGGUUAAUGAGACCCAGAAGAAUGUUAUUCUGGAGGAGCUGGAAAAGUGCGAGUCCAAUCACCUGAUCAUCCUCUUCCGUGACGGCGGGUGCAUGUUCCGCGGCAUUUACUCGUACUCGCCGGACACAGAGGAGAUCAUCAAGUUCACAGGCACGGGGCCGCGCUUUAUCGGCCGCAAGAUGAUCGACAAGCUCUACAAAUACAGCUCGGACCGCAAGCAGUUCAACAUCAUCCCCGCCAAGUCGGUGUCGGUCAGCGUGGACGCCUUGACCAUCCACAAUCACCUCUGGCAGGUCAGGAGACCGGGGAGUGCACGGAGGAAGUGAGACACUCGUUAUAGUUUCUGUUCUAUCUUCUACUGUUGGGCAGGACCCAAUAAUCUCUGAGAUGUGAUCAUGUGACUGACGUGUCAUCAGACAGGGGGGUUAGAUGUUCUCAUAAAAGGAGAUGUCAGUGUGUGGCAGUGCGAAAAUAUGAAACUCCUGCCAACUGAAUGUUUUUUUUUUGUCUCGUUAGCUUUUUAUUCUGCAUGUCACACUUUUAAUUUGUGGGUACGUCCUAUGUUAAUUAGGCACUACUGGAUUCUAAUGUAGCACUGAAGAGGAGCAGAAGUCAAAUACUACUGGAUCUACUUACAGUAGCGAGCAUACUACUGAUACCAAGUGCAACUACAGACCGCAGCGGUGAACAUUCACUUGAUGCUAUUUCAGCUCGGCAAAAAAAUACCCUACUGCUGUGAUUAAUCCAGGCUCAGAGCCCCGAUAGAGAGGCAAAGUCCCUCCUCUUCUGGUAGACCCCAUUGGACCUUAUUUCAGAAAAAAAUAUGUACAGUAGUCAACGGCAAGGGGCAAAUAAUUUUUUGAUCCCGUUUGAAUUGCGCGAUGAAUCAUACAUAUGAUGUUUGUCAAUUUAAAUGUAAGUCAAGAACGUCUCAGUUUGUCGUAGUGUCAUUUAGUUUUGUGUCAAACCGCUCUCUGAACUACAUCUCUCGUCUCGCAUGAUAUACGGCACAGUCUGAGGCUUCAACAGUUUUACAACAAACUGAGACUUUCUUCACUUGCAAAAUUAACUUUUAAAUUGACAAACAUCAUAUGUGUGAUUCAUGGCGCAAUUCAAACAGGAUUUUUUUUGUCUCGCCGUUGACUACCGUUCAUGUUUUUUUUCCAAAAUACGGUCCCAUGGUGGUCCACCAGAAGGGGGGCGGGACUUCACCUCUCUAUUAUUCACCAGUAACUCCUACUGGUCAGUGCAUUUAUGAAGAGGGAACUCACUUUUUUGUAUGCGAGUAUGGGAUGGAUGUUAGUGAGUGGUAAUGUCCAGUCUUGUUUUCUAUUUAGUGUGUUUGGGGGAAGCGUGUGAGUCUCUGUGUUAAGAAAAGGGGAGAGCUGAAUGCAGCCUGCAGUGUUGUAGUUCUCAAGAUCGGUCUUAGUCUCGAAACCGGUCUCAAGACCACUUUUUGAAGGUCUUGUCUCCUCUCGGAAUCGACCGCAUUUUUACUCAACCAAUGUCUCGGUCUCAGACAAAGAGGACUCUGGAUUGAUUUUUAUUAUUAUUUAUUUAUUUUAUUUAUUUAUUACUCUAUAUAAUAAGACCAGGCAAGACCACAAAAAAGAUGCCUGUGCAUCGUCUGAUUUAUUUGGUAACAUUAUUACUACUCAUAGAAAACAAAGGAAAAAUUCCACACAUAAAAAUUCACCUCUGCAAUGCCUUUUGAUGAUUUUAUCAAGACAUUUCUGGUACAGUCAUACAUACGAUAUAUAAAUAUAUAUAUAUAUGGCAAUAAAGAUCAGUUUGAGGAGAGCCUAUGUUCCACAAUUUAUCGCAAGUGUGUCAUGCAAUGUGGCACCUGCACCGGUCUGGUCUUGGUCUCGACUUGGUCUCAACUUGGUCUCGACUUGGUCUCAACCCCUCAAAGUCUUGGUCUUGACUCGGGCUCGCCCUGCCUUGGUCUCGGUGUUGACUUUGUCUCACCCCCUCAAAGUCUCGGUCUUGACUCGGUCUCGGUUUAGUUGGUCUUGACUACAACACUGGCAUCCUGCUCUGAAUGUGUUCUCUCUUGAUUAUGCUUUAAAACUGCAACACAAAAAAUGUUUUUAGUUUGGGAGACGUGUGCUGCUGUUACAGAAACAGAGGAGACAUAAUGUUGUUUUUACAGAAGGGGAAACUAUACUAGUAUUCCAAACAGGAAGCGCUUUUCAGACUCAGUGCAUUAUACCUUUUCAGUAGUGCAUUAUAUUGUAUUAACUUCAUUCUUAUACUCCACCUGAGAUCCCCGUCUGGCUCCCCAAAAUGAAGCUAUGCCACUGGGCUGUUUGCUGCUCAUUAACUUGUUCCCGGUGAGACGUGCGAUUUUAAUGUAGCUUCUGGCGCUCAACACUAGUAAUUUCCCUGUAAGGACCGACUGUCAGCAGCUGGUGUAAUGUGUGUGUGUGUGUGUGUGUGUGUGUGUGUGUGUGUGUGUGUGUGGAGGGGGGGGGGACUGCACAAUACUUGAUAUUUGUUUGCUGCAUUUUGUACAUUUUUGAGUAGUAUGUUUUGUACAUUACGUACACGUUAUGUUUACUAAAAAGCAGGCACUAUUUUGAGGUUUAUUCUGUUACAGGCUUUCAGAGAUGUCAUGAGUCUUAUUUCAUUGUGUUAUAUGUUUAUUUAUUUUGAAGAGAUAUAAUAAAAUUGCAACUAGGUAUGUUUCUGA